GGAACUUCGGCUCGGACUGCAUUUCCUCGGGCCGGGCGGGCGCGAUCCCGGGGAGGUGGCUGCGGACCGACAGCUGCGUUUGGUGGCUCCGUACCAUGCAGCCCCUGCUCUGCGCACUGGCCGGGCUCGCCCUGCUCCGCGUCGGGGCAGCUGCUGAGUCCUCCAGAAAAGAUCUAGCUUGGAGCCCAGGCUGUGACAGAUAUGUGGCUGUCCAAGGCCGAUUGGACAUCAUGGAAGAGACGGUGGAGAAGACGGUGGAGCACCUGGAGACCGAGGUGACAGGUCUGCUGGGCCUGCUGGAGGAACUGGCUUCCAAUCUACCCCCAGGGCCCUUCAGCCCCGAACCCGACCUGCUAGGAAGUGAUCGCUUCUGAACACCAGGGGUAGUGGAGCCUGGCAGCUGAAGUCAGCCAUCUGAGAACCAAGUCAGGCCUUUUCCUGCUCCACCUUUGUGUGAAAUAAAAGCUACUACUCUGGC